CCACGCACGCGGGGGCGGUGGGCACGCUGCCGCUGGGGGGCUACGUGGCGCCCGGCUACCCCCUGCAGCUGCAGCCCUGCACCGCCUAUGUGCCGGUCUACCCGGUGGGCACGCCCUACGCGAGCGGGACCCCGGGGGGCGCCGGCGUGGCCUCCACUCUGCCCCCGCCGCCCCAGGGCCCGGGGCUGGCGCUGCUGGAGCCGAGGCGCCCGCCGCACGACUACAUGCCCAUCGCAGUGCUGACCACCAUCUGCUGCUUCUGGCCCACGGGCAUCAUCGCCAUCUUCAAGGCGGUGCAGGUGCGCACGGCCCUGGCCCGCGGCGACAUGGUGUCCGCCGAGAUCGCGUCGCGCGAGGCCCGGAACUUCUCCUUCAUCUCCCUGGCCGUGGGCAUCGCAGCCAUGGUGCUCUGUACCAUCCUCACUGUCGUCAUCAUCAUCGCGGCGCAGCACCACGAGAACUACUGGGAUCCCUGAGGACGCCCCCGCCCGGCCCCGUCUGCGCCCCGCGACCUCUCGGGCGCACUCUGCAGUCGCGCCGCGGAUCCCUCGGGCGCGGGACCUCC